AUGGGAAACGAAACUUCCCAAGUACAACCUAACGAAGAAGUUAAUCCCCAAUUUGAAGAAUCGUAUUUCCACUCAUACCUUACAUUUACUAGAGAAGAAAUGGGCGAAGAACAAGAAAUUUUUAAUUUACCUAAAGAAGCUUUAAUUAAUUUGCUUCUAUUUAGUCCGGAACACAUUGAGGACAAAAGGAGAAUCAUUCAAUAUAUAUUAAAUAGUCCAACUAAAGAAAUUAUUGAUACAUCAUACUUAAAUCCGUAUUAUGAAAUGUAUUAUAAAUCGAAAGAAUUAACAAAUACUCGAAUUAAAACAGAUACAGCUCCGAAAAUCAAAAUGGAACCAGGAAAUGAAUCAUCAAUUCUAAUUGAUGUAAUUACUACCUUAUUUAGUUCAGUAUUUUCAAUUGAUUAUGAUAUAAUCCCAGCUAAAAACGCAUUAGAUAUCAUUAAAUCCAUACCAAACACUCCAAAAAUGCUUCCACCUUAUUUAGAUUUUAAAUUACAAGGUCCUCAUUACUCAGGAUUACUCACACAACAACAGGUGUAUCCAAAAGGUAUCACAUCCAACGGAAGUUUCCUUUUUAUCCUGCAUCCGGAUUCAAAUUUAACAGUUUUUCCACUUUUAGACAACGGAGCGUUACUUGAUCCAUUCACAGUUACAUUAAAUCUCAUACCAUCAACUUAUCCAUCAUUGUUUGCGACUAAAGAUCAAGUAAUUGUGAAAUCAUUUACAAAUCAUUACCAAUUUUCUAUCAAACGAAUUCUUGAAAGACCAAAAUCGACAGUCCGAGGCAAAGAACUCCAAAAUUUCAAUCAAAAUGUCAUCGCUACCGAUGGAGCUGUUUAUGUUUCAUUAUCUCCUGACAAAACAGUCCGAGUUUUUGAUAUUCAAACCAAUAAACUGAUUAACGAAGUUCUAUUAGUACAAGGAAAUGCUCCUUUGCAUCCAGAAAGGCCUGAUUUGCUAGAUGAUAAUUUUAUCUUCAAAAGUAUUGUUGAAACUAACGGUUCUUUCCUUUCUUUCUAUGUUACAUUGGACAACAAUCAAGUUCUCUGCAGGCAAUUCUCACUUAUCAAUGGAAAUCAUACUGGAGAUAUCGUAUUUGAGCAAGAAAACAAUAUAAUGGCCUUAAAUCUGAACAUUAUCCACAAAAUGCACUAUUCCGUUAAAAACACAGGCAGCCAGUUAGUUGUAGAAUCAUUCAAAUACGAAGGCGUUGAUGAUCCUUUCAUUUUUGGUCUGAAAGUUCCGAUAAUUAUGGAUCUUUCCGGAUUAGAUCAACAAUUGUUGUUUUAUGUCAAUCUUAUUCUUUUGUCUUCCAUCGGUCCACAGAUUCCUGCCGAACUGAAACUGAAGAAUGUCGAUGAAUACAUCAUUUUAUUGUCAAACAUCAUGAAUUUAAUGGGCCAAGAUUCGAAAAAUCCAAAAGUUUUGAUUACAUUGCAAACAUUUAUUUUAAUUGCCAGUUUGCAUUCCGAGAUGUUCCUUAAUUCCCAGAAGAUCAACAAAACUUUGGAAUCAAUUUUAAUAAAUUUGCCCAAAAAAAUUAAUGAUGAAAUAACUUUGAGUUUGGUGUCACUUUUGUUUACAAAAUGUUUUGACAGAUUCAUGACUAAUAAUAUUUUGAAUACUAUUAUAUCAGCUGUUGAUGUUGCAAAAGGUGCUUUAUUCGAUAGAUUGAUAAGUGAUAUUUCAAGAUCAAAAUUUUUGUGUUUUUUGUCAAUGACAGAAAAUAAUGUCAUUUCACUUCAACUGUUGAAAAGUGACAACCAUGAUAUAUCAUCAUCUAAUUUAAUGAGGUUCUUUUAUCUGCAGCAAAGAGUGUUAGUAAGAGAAGUAGCAAGGGAACUUGAAAAUGAUACUUUUUCUUCUUUGAAAAUUUUCCAAUCUAAAACAAAAAGUGUCACUGUUUUAGAUUUCUUCGGAGAAUAUUCUUCUGUUAUUAUUAACUCCUUCAUUAACUCUCUGAAUAACUUUAUUGCAUUCGAAGAUCUCCAGAAAUCGUCUAUUUUUAAAUUAGUGUCAAAUUUCUUGUCACUUUUAUCAGGAAUUUCUGAUUAUCAUUCAAUUUCUCAAAUAAUUUUGCCAUUAUUGUCUAUGUUGACAAUUUCUCUUUCUAAUUUCUUCAAAACAUAUCAGAUUGAUAUUAUGGGACCAGCAAAAGAAUUUUUAUUAUUAAUUUCUUUCUUGUUUGGUUUGUUUAGUUCAACUUUGGUCAGAGGAGGUGAUGUGUCAGAUUUUGAAGAAAGAAACAUUUUUUUAAUUGUUGAAAAUUCUUAUCUGAUGGAUGAUGAACAAACUUUGAUAUCUUAUCUUAAUUUUGACAAGAAUUCAAACAAGAAUUCUAAAAUGAAUGAAAUCUACAAAUUCUGGAAACCUCAAAUCAACAAAAAACUAAGAGAUGAUGCAAAAGAAAUUGAUAGUUUUUGUUUGACGGUUUUUGUAAAGCAUAUUAAAGGAGCUGUCGAAGAAAUGGAGAAAUCAAUAGAAAAACAAAAAGUUUCUGAUCCAUUCAGAGUUGUUUUAGAGAAUAUCUUCAAAAUAAGGAAUUUCUUUAUGCAGCAAAAAAGAGAAAACCAGAGUUUGGAUGAAUUUGAUCAAAAAUUGUCACUUUUAAUUAAUCUAAAAAGUGACUUUUCAGAUAAAAGCAACAUUGAAGAUUGUUGCAAAUCUAUUACGGAUUUCUUGAUCUCUAAAGAUCCUGCGAAAUCUUUGAUAUAUUUCAUUACAAACCAGAAAAUAAGAGUUACUUUGACAUCUAUAGGUUUCGCUUUGUUGCAGGACAUUUUUUCAAAGAAUUUGGAUAAUUUAUUUUACACGACGAUAGCUAUCGUCCUGUCAAAAAUUGAAGAUUUUGACAAUUUGUCAAAAAUAUUAAGUCAUUCCAAGAAAUCAAUUUCUUUCUUGAUUUCUUUCAUUAAAAGCGCCAUGGAGAUGAAAUACGUGAUGCCAAUUAUGCCGUUGAUUAUCAAAUUGUUCAAAUCAAAAGUAAUUCCUGAUGAAGAAAUCGGAAAAAUUACUACUUCUCAAUUUUUGGCGGUUUUAAACUCAGAAACAAUCUUGGAACAAGAAAUAGCUGUUGUUUAUGAUUUUAUUAAUUUGAUCCCACAAUCUUUGGCGGUUUUGACAGAAAAACUAACACAUAAUCCUUUAAAUUCACAUUUAAGUUUAUUUAGCAUUUAUAUUGAAAAAAGCUAUAAUUGUCCAACAGAUUUAUACGACAAAUUCCUUGAUUUCGUCUUGAAUUGCGAUGAUUCACAAUCAAUGAUUGCAAGAAAAUGCUUGUUUAAUGCUACAAAGUUUGCGAAAAUAGAGAAUGAUAAAUUCAAAUCAGAUCUAAUGAGAAUAAUUACUUUCAUUGGAGAAAACUUACUUAAUUCAAAGAAUUUAAUAAAAUGUUCAGAACUUGUCAAUUUUCUCAGACAAAUUUUGAAGGAUUCCGGUGAAAAAUCAACAAUUUUGAGAAAAAUUAUUAUGAGUACAACUCUAAAGACAAAUAUUAAACAAAUCGCAACUGUUUUAGCGAUUUUAGGUGGCUCUAUAGAAACAAUAAGACCUUUCAAUCAAUGCCAAAUGAAAACAGAUGCUUCUACAUCACAGGAUAUCAUCAUUUACUCUAAUGAUACUUUCAUUAAUUUGCCAAUAAAUGAAACUGCAAAAAUUGAAGAUUUACCAAAAAGUGACGUUUUGGCGGUUAGUGAAGUUCCCUUUGACAUUUUAGAUUAUCCUGAUUUUGAUUUUAUUUUGGACUUCUCGAAUCUCGUUAUCAAGUCUGAAAAUUCUGUUUUGACCGUUAUUUAUUUGAAUUGUUUGUCAAAAUUUGCAGAAAACGAAGAUUUUUGCAAAUCAUUGUCAAAUAGGAUCAGUUUAACUAAGUUUAUAUCGAAAUAUAUAUCAACAUUUGAUAACAUGGAUGUAUUCAUCGAAAAAUACUCCAAAUUAUCAAAAUACAGACCAUUAAACACAUUUAGAGGUUUCGAAAUACUCAUGAAAAAGAAUCAAUGUACUUAUCUGUCAAAACCGUUGUCAAAAACUGCCAAAGUGAAGUUAUUAAUUGAGAGUGAAGAUAAUUUUGUAGGGUGCAUUGGAAUUAUUGAUUCUCAUGACUACAAAUGCAAGACAAAUAACUUAAUUUUGCUUCCACAAUAUAUUACAGCACCAAUUGAUAGAGGUGUUGAACAGAAAAUGCCUGCAAAAUAUAUAAUUGUUGAAGUUGAUUUUUCUCAAAAAACUUUCACAGUAAAUGGAAGUUUUGUUCCAUGGAUUUCUGAUGCAACAAAAUUCCACAGAAUCAUUGUUUAUCCAACAAAACAAUCAAAGAUUAUAUCAAUGAAUUUGAUGGCUGAUGAUUCAUGUUAUGCAAAGACAUUUCCUAUCAAUACAGAUGUUGUUGGAAUUUCUGAUUUGGAUGACAAUAAAAGAAGGAAAUUGUUUUCAAUGCCUGCUCAUGUUCAACAAAAUAGAAAAGAAUUAAAAGAAUCUUUGGAAGCAAGAACUAUUACAAGGUUUUCUAACUUGAUCACAACAAAAUACGAAGAAAUUGGUAUCAAUCCACCUCCUUUAGGUUGUAUAGAUCCUAAAGAAGCAGACGAAAUGACAGAAAACUUGAGAAAUUUAAUGAAUGAACAAAUUUUGUUUGAAUUAAGAUGUCAAAUUUCUUCUAUCGUUCUGACCAAAAUGAUUUCAUAUGUUGGAGAUGAAGCGAUAUUAGUAGAAGCAUCAAUUCGAUUAUUCUCUAUUUUGUUGUGCCAAUUAGAACAGUUUUCUUUGAAUUUAUUACAUGAAAUUAAAUUCCCAUUUGAUUUGAAUAUAACGGUUUUGACACCAAACAUUCCAUCAAAUCUUUUAAUGCAAGAUAUGACGGAAUAUGGCCUUUCAUGUAUUAGAAAGAUAUCAAGUUCACGUGACUUCUUCCCUAAUAUACAGAAAUACAUUGAAAGAUUAGUUGGAGAACCAAAAACACAUCUUUUAACUGACACCAAAAAAGAUGUUGAUCUUUUAAUUCCUGCUUUCAAAGAUGACACAUUUUUUGUUCCACAUGGAAGCAAUUAUUAUGUUGGAUACUCUAUAUUUAACAAAGAUCCAUCAUUUGGAUUGGAUUCUGUAUAUGUUUAUACACCUUGUGUUGCUUCAGAAGAUUCUUUGAUACAAGUUCCUGCUACGUCAUUAACAAAUCCAAUGUUUAUGUUAAAAAUCGAUCCAAAUACAACAUCAUGGAUCUUUGGAACUGAUUUUGAAAUUCUGUUAUUAUUAAGAACAUUGUUUUUAAUUGGAUUUAACAAAUACAAUCCUUUAUUCAUAAGAUCAAAGAUAAUAGAGUUAACAGUUGUUAAUUCUCCAAUGACUUCUCGUCAUGUACCAGAGUUAUUGAAUACAUUAUGUAACAAUAUAAUUAAAUCUGAUAAUUAUACAACGGAAUACAUGAAAUUGUUGUAUUUGUUGAUCUCUUUCGUGAAUACUUUGGAAACUAAUCAUAAAAACUUCGAUGCUAUACUUACUUUCACAGAUCAGGAAGUAAUGAAGAUGGCAGAAUCUAAUUCUGAAUUGUCUCAAUAUUUCCCUGAAUUCGGUUUGACAAAUGAACCUGUAAAAGGUGACAAAACCGUUACAAUUACAAAUCUUCCUAAUUUCAAGUUAGACGGAAACAAAGCGCAGAUGAGACAUUUGUUUAAUGUCAUGACAACAGUUGCUGUUCGGACAGAUACUAUUGAUGGAUUUCCUUUCUUUGUUUUGAUUCCUUAUUGGUUUGCUUUGGAUUAUUUACUUGGAAAUUCAAAAACAACUGAAAUAAUUGUUGAUAAAAUCUCUCCGGCAUCAGUUUCUAUAUAUUGUACUUGUAAAUUGGAAUUAUCCUUUAAACAAAGGACACAAGAAGAUAACGCAAUUUUGAUUGUUGACCAAUCAAAUGAUUCACAACUUUUCAGACAAUAUAAUUUCCCAAUGAUUAUAGAAGUCAGAGAAAAAAUAACUGUUGUUAUUUUAUCAGAUGAUGACAAUCGUAUUUUGAAGAUUGAUGACUUGGUUUACAAAGAAAUCAAAGAAGAUGUGAAAUUAAAUCAAAGACCAAUUCCAAAGAAAAUCGAUUUUGUUCCUGACCAAAUAAGAAAUGAAUUUGUAAAUGACAUGAAGUUGUUAAGAACGAAAUGGAAUGCAAGCGAAACAAUUAAUUUGUUGCAGUCUUUCCCAGAAGAUCUAUUAAGUGCAAAAGACUUCUUUGAGAUUGCAAAACUUGCUUUUGAAACGAGUUUGAUGAAAAUUUAUCCGCCGAAAGUUGUUUUGUUGCAAUCUUUCAUGAUUCAUGUAAUUAAUUAUGUAUAUUUAAAUAAUAAUGAUGUUACUUUGCAAAGGAACAUUAUUCAUUAUAUUUCUCCUUCGAAACAAGCACAAGUCUUCUUGAACGAGAUUAAAAUAUCAGAAUCUUCUCCUGAUUUCACUAUCAACAGAAGAAAAGCAAGACAAGUUGUUUUGUCUAAUUCAGGAGAUUGCAGAAACACAAUUAUUCAUCAGUUUUCUGAGUUUGUAGAUACACAUUCAACAUCGAGUUUGAGAGGUCGUGGAAGACCUUGGAGAGUUCAUUUCACUGAUGAAUCAGCAAUUGAUGCUGGUGGACCUUCUCGAGAAGCAUUUAAUGAAAUAGCAAUUUCUAUUUUCCAAUCACAAUCGAAAUUGUUUAUUUUAAGUCCGAAUGGAAGAAAUCAUUCAGGAGGAAUGAGAGAUGUUUAUAUUCCUUUCUCAUCAUUGAGACCAUUUACUUCAAGAUCUUUGUUUUAUGCUGUUGGAGUUUUCAUUGGAAUUGUGAUUCGAAAUGGCUAUUUCCAAGAUUUUCCUUUCGCUCCUUUCGUCUGGAAAUAUCUUGCGAAUGAACCAUUGGACAAAAACGACAUUCUUUGUUUGGAUGAACAUUUCGCGAACAUGGCAAAUUCAUUGGUUACUAUCAAUGAACAUGAUUUCAACAAAACUUAUGCCAACAUGAAAUGGGCUGUCACUGAUUGGGAUGAUUCAACAAAUUGGCUUAAAUCAAAAGACCAAAUUGUUGGUUACAAUGAUAUAAAGAAUUAUCUCAACAUGUGCGUUGGAGCGAGAAUUAAUUCAGUGAAGGCUAAUUUGGAAAACAUGAAAAGAGGAUUUUAUGAUAAUUUGGGAUUUUCCAAUCCAAGUAUCUUCAAUUCUAACUUGAUUUCUUACUUGGCACAAGGAUCGAGGACAGUAACAACUCAAGCAUUUAAAUCAAUUACUUCAAUGCUAGCGCCAACAAAUCAACAAGAGAGGUAUUUCUGGGAAGCUGUCGACAGAAUGACAAAUGAACAGAGAUCUUUGUUGCUGAAAUUCGCAACAACAAUGACAAGGAUUCCAAAUCCAGCCAUAAAUUUAGGAUUUAAGUUGUUUGUGAACUUUGAAGCUCAACUAAGUGAUAGUUCACUUCCAAAGGCUUCUACUUGCUUCAACAGACUCUAUCUACCAUUGUAUUCCAGCAGUGAAGUUAUGUACAAUAAACUUGUAACUGCAAUCGAAUUUUGCGAUACAAUGGAAAACAGUUAA